AUGACAGACGAUAUCCGCAGCAGGUCCGCCAAGCUCCUAGAGACGUCCAUUGCUGCCUCUCUCCCCUCGGGCGGCGCCUCCGACGUUUCCCAGCUAGCCUCCUCGCUGGAGGAAGCAAUCUUCCAGGCCAACGGCUCUUCCACAGGCAAUGAAUACCGAGAUGCGGUGAGACAACGCUCUCUGAUCCUGAAGAAGGACAAUCCAGAGCUGGCAGAAGCUCUCGCAGAGGGCAGGAUUAGCGUAGAAGAGGUAGCUCAGGCGACCAGUCAACAACUACAAUCCUCCCAACAAUCCCUGUCUGACUCCAAACUCCAACAGGACAACAUUCAACAGUCCAUGGGCGUCUCUUCCAACUUUGACGAUUCCCUCGUGCAGGGCGAGCAGGCAGUCACAGAAGAGCAGAAAGGAAAUGAUCCCUCGCAAUUGGGAGUGGCAGACGCGAUGCUCGGCGGGGAGGGGGAGUUCGCAAGCAGAAAACAACCAAAAGUGGGAAAGGCAAUGGAAGGAGUGGAAUUUGAGACGCCGUGA